CUCUAUUUUUUAUUUAUUUAUUUAGUUUUCUGUCUGCAACUCGUCUUUGUCUUAAAGAAGAAGAAACAAUCUCUCUCUUUCUUUCUGUUUUCUUCCACUUUCUAUAGCUACUCUCCUGUAAGCAAUAAAGCGAGUUUAAAUUAAAUUCAGAAAAGGAAAAAAAAUCGAAAUGCUCUUAGCUUUUGUGUGUUAAGCCAUGUGAGCUUACUGACACAUUCUCUUCUUCUUCUUUCAUUCUUUCUAUUCUCACGCAUUCUCCUUACAGAUUCACUGACUCAGUGAGUCACGCAAACACUCUAAAAUGGCGUCUUCUUCUCGAGCAAGGAGCAGCUCGCCUUUCUCGUAUCGGAAACCUUCGAGUCCGUUUUCUUCCACUUCUUCAGCUUCUUCAUUUAUGAGCAACAAACUAAUGCCGCGCACGUGCUCGUCGUCGGCGUCUUCGUACUUCAACUCGGGAAGUGGAUACGGUUCCCGAUCCAUGACGCCGAGUCGGUCGAGGUCCGAUUCGACGUACUACGGUUCACGCGGCGGUUACAAUGCUCGAACACCGGUGGCUUACUCGCCGGAGGAGAUAAUAGGCGAGCCUUUGGAAGCGCCAAGAUCUAGAGAUAGUAUUUCAGUUACGAUUCGGUUUCGGCCGUUGAAUGAAAGAGAAUUCCAGAAAGGGGAUGAGAUCGCGUGGUACGCGGACGGGGAUAAGAUUGUGAGAAAUGAGUAUAAUCCAGCUACGGCUUACGCAUUUGACAGAGCAUUUGGACCUCACGCAACUUCUCAAGAGGUUUAUGAAGUAGCUGCUAAACCUGUAGUGAAGGCUGCAAUGGAAGGUGUUAAUGGAACUGUUUUUGCUUAUGGUGUUACAAGUAGUGGGAAGACACACACUAUGCAUGGAGAUCAAAAUGCUCCUGGUAUUAUACCAUUGGCAAUAAAGGAUGUGUUCAGCAUCAUCCAAGAUACUCCGGGGCGAGAAUUCUUACUCCGUGUGUCGUAUCUUGAAAUCUACAAUGAGGUGAUAAAUGACUUACUUGAUCCAACUGGUCAGAAUUUGCGCGUUAGAGAAGAUGCCCAGGGAACUUAUGUUGAGGGUAUAAAGGAAGAAGUGGUUUUGUCUCCUGGGCAUGCCCUUUCUUUUAUUGCUGCAGGGGAAGAGCAUCGUCAUGUUGGUUCAAAUAACUUCAAUCUCUUGAGUAGCCGAAGUCACACCAUAUUUACACUGAUGAUUGAGAGUAGCGCUCAUGGUGAUGAAUAUGAUGGAGUGAUCUUCUCUCAACUUAAUUUGAUUGAUUUAGCAGGAUCUGAGAGUUCAAAAACUGAAACAACUGGGCUAAGGAGAAAGGAAGGAUCUUACAUAAACAAAAGUCUUCUGACUCUUGGAACUGUGAUAGGAAAGCUGAGUGAAGGAAAAGCAUCUCAUGUUCCAUAUCGAGACUCCAAGCUUACCCGUCUAUUGCAAUCUUCACUGAGUGGGCAUGGACAUGUUUCACUAAUUUGCACAGUUACACCUGCAUCUAGUAAUAUGGAGGAAACUCAUAAUACCCUGAAGUUUGCAAGCAGGGCAAAGCGAGUGGAAAUCUACGCCUCGCGUAAUAAGAUUAUUGAUGAAAAAUCAUUGAUUAAGAAGUAUCAAAGAGAAAUUUCAGUCCUCAAAGAAGAACUUGAUCAGCUAAGGCAGGGAAUGCUUGUUGGUGUUAGUCAUGAAGAACUUAUGAGCUUAAGGCAACAGUUGGAGGAAGGUCAGGUGAAAAUGCAAUCUAGAUUAGAAGAAGAGGAGGAAGCCAAAGCUGCUUUGAUGAGCAGAAUCCAAAGGCUUACCAAGCUUAUACUUGUUUCUACCAAAAAUACCAUCCCAGGAUGUUUGAGUGAUGCACCAAGUCAUCAAAGGAGUCAUUCUGUUGGUGAGGAUGACAAACUGGAUGUACCGCGAGAAGGUACCUUGCUCAUAGAUAGUGAGAAUCAAAAAGAUUCUCCAUCUUCAACUGCAGUGCAUGCUUCUGAUCCAUCUUUUGAGUUUAGACACAGAAGAUCAUCCAGCAGAAGGAAUGAUGAGCUCUCACCAACUUGCAGUACUGUCACUGAGUCAACUCAGGCGGGUGAACUUAUCAGUGGGACUAAACUGCUUGCUGGUGGGAUGACAUCAGAUCAGAUGGACCUUCUUGUUGAGCAAGUUAAGAUGCUUGCUGGAGAGAUUGCAUUUGGCACCAGUACCCUGAAACGCCUGGUGGACCAGUCUGCAAACGAUCCUGAUAGCUCAAACAUUCAGACACAGAUUCAGAAUUUGGAAAGAGGGAUUCAAGAAAAGAAGAGGCAGAUGAGGGUUUUAGAGCAACGCAUAACUGAGAGUGGUGAAGCUUCAAUUGCUAAUGCAUCAUUUGUCGAUAUGCAGCAGACAGUUAUGAGAUUGAUGACCCAGUGUAAUGAAAAGAGUUUUGAGCUGGAGAUAAAAUCAGCAGAUAAUCGUAUCCUCCAAGAACAACUGCAGAACAAGUGUUCAGAGAAUGAGGAAUUGCAAAAGAAGGUGAAUCUCCUGGAGCAGCGGUUGGCAUCUAUCUCCGGUGAUAAAUUAUCAUUGUCUUCUGAACAGGGAAUAUCUGAAGAAUAUGCAGACGAGUUAAGAAAAAAGGUUCAAUCUCAGGAGAUUGAGAAUGAAAAGCUAAAACUAGAAGAGGUGCAGCUUUCAGAGCAGAACAGUGGAUUGCAUGUCCAAAACCAAAAACUUGCUGAAGAGGCUUCGUAUGCAAAAGAAUUGGCAUCUGCUGCUGCUGUUGAGUUGAAGAAUUUGGCUGGUGAAGUGACCAAGCUCUCAGUACAGAAUGCAAAACUGGAAAAGGAAUUGUUGGCUGCUCGAGAGUUGGCACACUCUAGAGGCUCUGCUAAUCAAACUGUCAAUGGUGUCAAUCGCAAGUAUAGUGAUGGCAUAAGACCUGGGAGGAAGGGGCGGCUCUCUGGCCGCUCUCAUGACCUUUCAGGAGCAGCUGGUGAUGACUUUGAGCCGUGGAAUCUUGAUCCAGAUGAUCUAAAGAUGGAACUGCAGGCUAGGAAACAAAGGGAGGCAGCUCUUGAAGCUGCAUUAGCUGAGAAGGAAUUCAUCGAAGAUGAAUAUAGGAAAAAGGUUGAAGAAGCAAAGAAGAGGGAGGAAGCUCUGGAGAAUGAUUUAGCUAACAUGUGGGUGCUUGUUGCUAAGUUGAAAAAAGAGGGAGCUGCUACCCCUGAAAGUAAUAUGGACGAGCAGCAUAGUAAUGGUAUGGAGAAUGUUGAUGAUCAAAAAGCAAAUGACAUUGAGAGUAAUCAUAUCCUGAAAGAGAGACAAGUGCCAGAUGUGUCAUCAAAACCAGCUAAUGAAAUACCUAAGGAAGAACCCUUGGUUGUUCGCUUGAAGGCACGAAUGCAAGAGAUGAAGGAAAAAGAGCUCAAAUCCCUGGGAAAUGGUGAUGCCAAUUCCCAUAUGUGUAAAGUAUGUUUUGAAUCACCAACAGCAGCAAUUCUUCUCCCUUGUCGGCAUUUUUGUUUAUGUAAAUCUUGUUCGCUUGCAUGUUCUGAGUGUCCAAUUUGUCGCACAAAGAUUGCGGAUAGGCUUUUUGCGUUCACUUCUUGACUCAACUAUUUAUACCCUCCUAAUGAAGGGUUCAUGAUCACCUGUCUGCUAUCUUCAAUAUGAUAAGCGGGUGCAAUUCUUUCAUUAGUUGUUUGUAUGUAACUGUUUAAAAGGUAUAUCAAUAGUUUGCUGUCCUCUACCUCACUUGGGAGGCUGUAAAAAUAAGAAGAGAUUAGAAAGGUUAAAAAGAUUUAAGAAAAAAGAGGAUAAAAUCACUACAUUCAAAAAAAAAAACAUUCAGAUACAAGAUGUUGCUUUGUUUUGAAAUUCGCAGCAAAGGUUGUGAUUUGUCUUCCAAACUUUCAAAUUGUUAUGUACAGAAACGAUUUAAGCUUCCGAUGAAGCAAUUUUUCGUGCCGUGGCCAUUUUAUAAAA